AUGGCUAUCACGGUGUCUCCUGCCGAGCUCAGGAAUCUGGAAGAGAUUCUCCUCAAUACCCAAGGAAAUGUUCUCCUACACAAUCGUUUCCGAGCCCUAUUUACCCUCAAAUCGCUCAAAUCAGAAGAGGCGGUCCAGAUAAUAUCCAAUGGAUUUAAGGAUGAAUCAGCUCUCCUCAAGCAUGAACUGGCUUACUGCUUAGGCCAAAUCCAAAAAACGUCAGCCUUACCGAUCUUGGAGUCAGUGCUUGCAGAUACGACAGAGGAUCCGAUGGUACGGCAUGAGGCAGCUGAAGCUAUGGGUGCCAUCUCUGCCUCACAGUCCAUCCCCGUCUUGAAGAAGUAUUUAUCGGAUUCGAAUCAGAGCGUUAGAGAGACCUGCGAGAUUGCCAUUGCCAGGAUUGAAUGGGACAAUUCGGAAGAGGGUCUGCUGCACAAAGCUGGUACGAAAGAUAAGGAGACUAUCCCAACAUAUUUGUCAAUUGACCCCGCACCUCCUACGUCUGGCCUGAUUACUGGUAUACCCAAACCUGAGGAUGUAACCGAGUCUAACAUCAAUGAUUUGCGGUCAAAGCUUCUUAAUAAGGAGCUACCGCUCUUCGAACGAUAUCGGGCUAUGUUUGCCCUUCGAAAUAUCGGCACACCCUUAGCUGUAGAUUCCCUCGCCGCUGGAUUCGCUGACGAAAGCGCUUUGUUCAAACACGAGAUCGCGUUUGUAUUUGGACAGCUGCUUUCUCCUCACUCAGUUCCUUGCUUGCUCGAUGUCCUAAAAGACUCGCAAGAAUCUGACAUGGUCCGUCACGAAGCUGCUGAAGCCCUCGGUGGCAUUGCUACCCCCGAAGUGCUACCUUAUCUGAGAGAGUGGAUGACGCGAAAAGAUGCACCUCGUGUGGUACGAGAGAGUUGUCAAGUUGCUAUAGACAUGUGGGAGUAUGAAAAUUCUAACGAGUUUCAGUAUGCUAAUGGCCUCGACUACACGUCGACUGUAAGCAUCUAG